AUUGUGUGUUUUAAAAGUCUAUACACAGCUUUCGUGUUAAGUAAUAUUUUUUUUAAAGAUACAUUUCGGUGGUCUGCGGUGGCAACAUGAGAGCGAGUGAAGCCCAUGCAGCGGAGUCUGUUGCCUACCUCAACAGAGCAUUGAUCAGGUUGCAGGAUAUUUGGGAAGAAAUAGGGAUACCAGAGGAGCAGCGUAUGCAGAGAACCAAUGAUGUCCAUAAACACAUCAAAGGUCUGCUGGAUCUGAUGAUUACUGAGGAGCAGGAGCUCAAACAGAGAUUAGUGAAAAACAUAGAGUCCUAUCGGCAGGAAAUUAAUAAAUUUUGCAAUGAACUUCAGCUGCCCCCUUUUGAGGAGGAGGAGUCCUGCACCAUGCUGCAGACGGAGAAAAACAGCCGCAUACGUCUUGAGGUGAUGAGGGAGCACAAGAAGCAAAGAAUGGAAGAGCUUAAGGGUUUCACUGCCAGAGACAGUGAGCUGUGUGAUAUUUUGUGCACCAGGCCUUUUUGCAUUGACCACGAGUCCGUUCCGACGCUGAAUCAACUUGAGGCAUAUCGUACCUAUCUGGAUGAUCUGACCAAAGAGAAGGAGCGUCGUCAUGAUGAAUUUGUGAGCAUGAAGAGGGAGAUCAUCUCAUGCAUGGAUGAUCUGGAGCGGCACCCAGAGACCAGUUUUGAAGCAGAUGUGAUGUGUGAGGAUGAGGAAGAAUUUUGUCUGUCAAAUGACAACAUUGCUGCACUCAAACUACUCCUCAGUCAGUUACAAGAACGCAAGGAUGAGAAAGAGCAUCUUUGCUCAGCACUCCGCACUAAGAUCCACGAGCUGUGGGACAGACUUCAGAGUCCCCAAGAAGAGAAGGAAGCUCUCUCUGAGCAUAUGACAAAGUCAAAGAAGAAAAACAUUGAGGCACUCCAGGCGGAAGUCAAGCGUUUAGAGGUGCUGAAGAUGCAGAGCUUGAAGAGUUUCAUUGAGGCCAUCAGAGCUGAGAUCUCCCUUUUGUGGGAGAGCUGCUACUACAGCCAGGAACAGAAGCAAGCUUUUUUGCCGUUUCAAGAUGAUGAUUUCACUGAAGAGCUUCUGAACCGACACGAGGCUGAGGUCAGCACUCUGAAGAAGUAUUUCGAGGACCACAAAGAAUUGUUUCAGGGGGUCACAAAAUGGCAUGAGAACUGGACCUUGUACUUAGAGCUUGAUAGAAAAGCUAAUGACCCCAUGAGGUUCAACAACAGAGGGGGAAACCUUCUGAAAGAAGAGAAGCAGCGAUCCGACCUUCAGAAAAGUUUGCCUAAGCUGGAAAAGAGUCUGAAAGCCCAAAUUGAUAAUUGGGAGGAGGAACAUGGCAAAGAGUUCCUGGUGAAUGAACAGAAAUUUCUUGAGUAUGUGCAGGAGCAGUGGGAUCACCACCACUCUGAAAAGGAGAAGGAGAAACUGGAAAGGCAACUGAAGAAGACUAAACAGAUUCAGGAGGACAUGUUGUAUGGGACCUCAGUGAGGACACCGUCCAAAAGGCGGCUGGCAGGGACUACAACACCUGGCAAAGUCAGAAAGCUCAACGGUACCUCGACCUUCUCCACUCCCACCAGCUUCCUGAGCUCAGGCAUGGGGGGAACCAUGUGCCAGUCCUCAAUCCAGAAACCACCUCUGUCUGCUAGCAAGAGUCUGAAAACUCCUGGACAUGGAAAGACUCCCCGUGCACUGGACCGGAACAAGGAAAACCUCUCCCAUCUUAACAGAAAUACUCCGAGUGGCACACUAAGGUCUCAGGAUACUCAAGAUCACACCUUCACCAUAAACUCUAUUGCUGGCUCCUAUUCGGAAUUUGCGAGAGAGCUGUCGAAGGCUACUAAAUCAAAUGUGAAGCUGAACUCCACUGUCACUCAUCAUUGAUGGAUCAAAAGGAGCUGCUCCGGCACUGAGUCAUCUAGCUCAGUGGUAGUUUGGCGUUAAAGUGGAUAACAGGGAACUUUCAAAAAAUGUAAAUAUUUUACACCAUGUUGACAUUUUGAGACUGACUUGAUUCUGUUUUUGUUCAUUUUUAUUUCAGUAUAAGUGCUGGGGCGGUUUUCCUGUUGUAUAUAUUUUUAUGUUAAGUUAAUGAUAGGCGGUUGUGGCUUUUUAUUUGACAAUUUUCUUAUGAGAAUACAGCCUUUUUAAGUGAAGCUGAUCUAUAAUUCACUACUUUUAGUUAUAAUAAUGUAGCAGUUAGAGCAUGAAUGAUUCAUCCAGCUGGAAUGACAGCUACAUUUGCUCUUCAGAGACCUGCUGCUUUUUUUAAAAGUCAACCUGUAAA